CCCAGACAGAAAACGUCAAAAAUUAAAUAUGAAAAUUGUUUGCCUUUAAACCAUGGCAUUGGCAUAAAUUUACCUUUACGUUACUAAAUUAGUGAAUAAAGGCUAGUCAUUUGGAUCGAUAGAGCCCUUUUUUAAUUAUGGAUUUACAUAAACCGGUUGAAUUAGGCAAUAGGACUCUAGAAGAGCUGACCCUCGAGGAGAAAUGGAGGUGGGAACAUCAGCAGAUGCACGAAAAGCACGAGGGUCACGAGAAAAUGCACGCCGAAAUGGUCAUAAUUCUCAUAGUCACUCUGGUCAUAGCCCAAUUAGUACUAAUCGAAUGGAAAAAACGCUUCUAUAAAUCGUAUUCUAUGAUUACGUUAUUGGGGAUGUGGAUAAUUCCUCUGUUUGUGUGCUUGCGAAACCAUUGGUGGCGGUUCAUAUUCAUUUGGCUGUUAUUUUCGUGUAUUACGGGUCUGAUAGUUCGUAAAGCGAUUCAAAAGCCGAUCGAGGGAACCACUCCCAGACUAGUAUAUAAAUGGUUUCUCCUAUUAUAUAAACUCAGUUAUAUUCUUGGAAUUAUAGGGUACUGUAUUAUGAUGGUCACGUUUUUUGGUUUCAAUAUUGUAUUUAAUGCAAAACCAACAACGUGGAUGGAUUGCGGGUUGCUAUUUAUAUUUUACGGAUUAUAUUAUGGAGUUUUGGGUCGGGACAUCUCCGAAAUUUGCGCCGAUAAAAUGGCCUCUCACAUUGGAUAUUAUACAGAUCACGGCAUGCCUACAAGGAGUUUAGAUCCGGGCGUCUGUGCUGUGUGUGGAAACGCGUUUAUCAUUGGCGAAACUCAAGAUAGUAUCAUCGAGAAUACGUACAAAUUAUCAUGUAAUCACACGUUUCACGAGUUCUGCAUUCGCGGUUGGUGCAUUGUGGGCAAGAAGCAAACCUGCCCUUAUUGCAAGGAGAAAGUAGACCUCAAACGAAUGUUCUGUAAUCCAUGGGAAAAACCUCACGUCCUAUUUGGACAGUUGCUUGACUGGAUACGUUGGCUCGUUGCAUGGCAGCCGAUGAUAUUAUUUAUAGUGCAAGGAAUCAAUUGGAUUUUAGGUUUAGAAUGACCUACAAGCGGCAACGUAGUUAAAUUUGUUACUUUUUUUUAAGUAUUUUUAUUUAGAUAAAUUAAAGAUCCUAUUUGAUUAUUUUAUUGUGAUUAUAAAGUAUGAUUUUAUGAGCCAUAAUAAGUUAAACAGGCAAAUUUAGAAAAAAUCUAAAUGUUAAGUACGUGUUUUAAUGCUCAUUAAAGAACUGGAAUCAUUUCAAAAUUUCUUUUCAUUUUAUUUAUUGUAGUUUGCUCAAAAACGUCUUCUAAGCUUCUAUUUUGUUUUUUGAGUAGGAGACUUCACUUACAUCGGAUGGAAUUUCACGAGGCAGUAUUUUGUGGCACAAAUGGAGAGCAAACUUCAGUCUGUCGGCCUUAAAGAUCGCCCUGCUCAUGUAGCCGUAUACCGCUUGGAUCAGAGUUCUUUGUACGAAACCGAAGCUUUGGUCCUAAAAAUUAUUAACUUAGUACGAAAGAGGCCCGCCCAAGCUACCCGAGCCUGCUGGGUUCUUUCAGACUAAGAACUCAAAUCUAUCCGGGUCGAGCUUUCCUUGGUUUUUUGAGAUAUUUUUUAGCAACUUUCCGUAUGGUUUGUACAAACUCACUUCUAAAUGUAGCACUUCACCGGGACCGAAACCCUUGAGGUAACGCGGCACUUCCUGGAACCGGAACAUAAACGUAACGCGGCACCAAUUCAUUUAAAGGCUCGAAGGACCAAAUGCGGCAUCCGGCUCGAAGAACCAAAUGGAGCGUUAGGGAUGUAAAUCCUAAUGCUCACCCAACAAAACUUAAACUCGGCCGGGGAUGAUCUUAUAACUCAAACCCGGUACGUUACCGACAGUUCGAAGAUUGUUAACUGAUAAAAUUUAUUGUAAGCGUCUACAUGCUAUUUAUAUCACAGAUUUUCUUUCCUUAACCUAUGUCAAUUAUGCAUGCUGAAUACGUCAACCUUGCCAACAAUGGCACUACUUGGUCCUAAUAAAAUCUUGGCACUUA